AUGUCUCGCUACAGACCAGUCCAGCCUCAUGGCACCUCUCAGUAUCUUCCAAACCCACCACCUGGCCCUGAUCUUCGCCACUUCGACCCUCACCGAUGUUUCCUGAAGGAUGAGCAUCUCGAACUUGAGGUGCUGGAACGCCUUUCACUGAACCCCGGACCUCAAGUCUUCCGUUGCAAGAUCAUUGCGUUGCCCUCGCCCGAGUAUAUGAACAGCGACACCGACGUGGAGCUUCCCGUCCCACAGACUCAAGUAGUGGCCAAAGUCUUCGACCACAAGCUCUGGCCGGAAUACAACGGCACGCCGAUCAGCAACAUUGAACUGGCUGACGGCGCACUCAGCCGAGAGAGCUACGUUUACCAGCAUCUCUAUCGGAAGAACUUAACCGGACCGCCACACCUCACUGCACAGUACUACGGUACUUGGGCGGUCAGGUUCGCCGUCGGCGAGACUCCCGAACGGCGCGUCCAGUACAAAACCGUGGCUCUCAUCCUCAUGGAGUACGUUGACGGCUACUCCAUUGAGGAUCUCUGCAACCGAGAUGAAUACGGUAAUCUCGUCCCGGACGAUGAGUUGCCGUUGGAAUUUCACCAAUCCGACACGGGACGCCCAGUGCUUCUGGACAUCAACCACGACACGCGGAUGAAGGUUCUCAGGCAGCUCAUCGACGGCAACGUCAGGCACAUGCACACGGGGGUUAUGGAUGGCGAUUAUGAGCCUCGCCAUGUCUACAUCACAAUGCGAGACGGAAUUCGCGAUCUCGACAAGCCUCGGACGGUUCUCCUCGAUCUCAGUCGCGCACGCCUUUGGUCAACGACCAAAUACGUGAAGGAUGCCGCCGAUGGCAUUCACUGCUUGGAGCUCGUCCCGCACCCGAUUCAUCCCUACGAAGUCGUCAGCGCCGCCCCAUUCGACGACUUUGCCGGAUGGUUUCCUCAAGAGUGGUUCGAGGAGACCGUGGACGGAGAUCCCAGCAAAGGAAAGUUUCGGGAAUGGCUGCUCGAGGCUUUUGGCCCUUUGCAGGAGGGUCCAGACUACUCUACCGGCGCAACCGUGGAGAAGGCCAAGGCCGAGAGGGACAGAGCGGACGUCCUGAGCAGGAUGAAGGCAGGCUCUUGA